AAUAAAUAAUUAAAAAAAAAUAAAUUCUAAAAAAUCUUUACAAAAAUAUGAAAUCGAAUUUAUAAUUUAUUUAAAUAUGUUUGACCCUUAUAACAUGUUUGUCAUUUAUUUAUGGAGAUAAUAUUUCCUGUAAUAAUGAUUAAAUAUUGAUAAGUGGAACUUGCUAUAAAAAUUGUGAGUUAGGUUAAUUCAUUGAUUCUACUAAUAAUAACUAAUGUACAGAUUGUACAGCUGAUCAAUCUUUAGUCAAAUCUGAUUUCUCAGGUUGUGCAAGUAGUUGCCUAGCAGAUGAAGUACUAAUAGACAAAAAUUGCUAUAAAAAAUGUGAAUUGGGCUCAUACUUCGAUUCUACAAAUAAGAACAAAUGUUCAACUUGUCCAGCUGAUAAAUAAUUAGUAAAAUCUGAUUUCACAGAUUGUGCAAGUAGUUGUCUAGCUGAUGAAGUACUAAUAGACAAAAAUUGCUAUAAAAAAUGUGAAUUGGGCUCAUACUUCGAUUCUACAAAUAAGAACAAAUGCACAGCUUGUCCAGCUGAUAAAUAAUUAGUAAAAUCUGAUUUCACAGAUUGUGCAAGUAGUUGUCUAGCUGAUGAAGUACUAAUAGACAAAAAUUGCUAUAAAAAAUGUGAAUUGGGCUCAUACUUCGAUUCUACAAAUAAGAACAAAUGUUCAACUUGUCCAGCUGAUAAAUAAUUAGUAAAAUCUGAUUUCACAGAUUGUGCAAGUAGUUGUCUAGCAGAUGAAGUACUAAUAGACAAAAAUUGCUAUAAAAAAUGUGAAUUAGGCUCAUACUUCGAUUCUACAAAUAAGAACAAAUGCACAGCUUGUCCAGCUGAUAAAUAAUUAGUAAAAUCUGAUUUAACAGAUUGUGCAAGUAGUUGUCUAGCAGAUGAAGUACUAAUAGACAAAAAUUGCUAUAAAAAAUGUGAAUUGGGCUCAUACUUCGAUUCUACAAAUAAGAACAAAUGCACAGCUUGUCCAGCUGAUAAAUAAUUAGUAAAAUCUGAUUUCACAGAUUGUGCAAGUAGUUGUCUAGCUGAUGAAGUACUAAUAGACAAAAAUUGCUAUAAAAAAUGUGAAUUGGGCUCAUACUUCGAUUCUACUAAUAAGAACAAAUGUUCAACUUGUCCAGCUGAUAAAUAAUUAGUAAAAUCUGAUUUCACAGAUUGUGCAAGUAGUUGUCUAGCAGAUGAAGUACUAAUAGACAAAAAUUGCUAUAAAAAAUGUGAAUUAGGCUCAUACUUCGAUUCUACAAAUAAGAACAAAUGUUCAACUUGUCCAGCUGAUAAAUAAUUAGUAAAAUCUGAUUUCACAGGUUGUGCAAGUAGUUGUCUAGCAGAUGAAGUACUAAUAGACAAAAAUUGCUAUAAAAAAUGUGAAUUGGGCUCAUACUUUGAUUCUACUAAUAAGAACAAAUGUUCAACUUGUCCAGCUGAUAAAUAAUUAGUAAAAUCUGAUUUCACAGAUUGUGCAAGUAGUUGUCUAGCAGAUGAAGUACUAAUAGACAAAAAUUGCUAUAAAAAAUGUGAAUUGGGCUCAUACUUUGAUUCUACAAAUAAGAACAAAUGUUCAACUUGUCCAGCUGAUAAAUAAUUAGUAAAAUCUGAUUUCACAGAUUGUGCAAGUAGUUGUCUAGCAGAUGAAAUUGUGCAAGUAGUUGUCUAGCUAAUGAAGUACUAAUAGACAAAAAUUGCUAUAAAAAAUGUGAAUUGGGCUCAUACUUUGAUUCUACAAAUAAGAACAAAUGUUCAACUUGUCCAGCUGAUAAAUAAUUAGUAAAAUCUGAUUUCACAGAUUGUGCAAGUAGUUGUCUAGCUGAUGAAGUACUAAUAGACAAAAAUUGCUAUAAAAAAUGUGAAUUGGGCUCAUACUUUGAUUCUACUAAUAAGAACAAAUGUUCAACUUGUCCAGCUGAUAAAUAAUUAGUAAAAUCUGAUUUCACAGAUUGUGCAAGUAGUUGUCUAGCAGAUGAAGUACUAAUAGACAAAAAUUGCUAUAAAAAAUGUGAAUUGGGCUCAUACUUCGAUUCUACAAAUAAGAACAAAUGCACAGCUUGUCCAGCUGAUAAAUAAUUAGUAAAAUCUGAUUUCACAGAUUGUGCAAGUAGUUGUCUAGCAGAUGAAGUACUAAUAGACAAAAAUUGCUAUAAAAAAUGUGAAUUGGGCUCAUACUUCGAUUCUACAAAUAAGAACAAAUGCACAGCUUGUCCAGCUGAUAAAUAAUUAGUAAAAUCUGAUUUCACAGGUUGUGCAAGUAGUUGUCUAGCUGAUGAAGUACUAAUAGACAAAAAUUGCUAUAAAAAAUGUGAAUUGGGCUCAUACUUUGAUUCUACAAAUAAGAACAAAUGUUCAACUUGUCCAGCUGAUAAAUAAUUAGUAAAAUCUGAUUUCACAGAUUGUGCAAGUAGUUGUCUAGCAGAUGAAGUACUAAUAGACAAAAAUUGCUAUAAAAAAUGUGAAUUGGGCUCAUACUUUGAUUCUACUAAUAAGAACAAAUGUUCAACUUGUCCAGCUGAUAAAUAAUUAGUAAAAUCUGAUUUCACAGAUUGUGCAAGUAGUUGUCUAGCAGAUGAA